AUGGCGGACGACAAGAAGAGCGAUAUCUAUACCAUCGAUAUGGACAAAUUGGAUCCGAAUAGCAAACGAUUCGAUGCUGCUCCGCCGCCGCCGCCGCCACCACAACCUCGACUCUCACCGUCACGAUCCUCCCUCGCACACAGCUCCACGCUCCCCAUUCUCUGCUACUGCUUGUCUUCCAUUCUAAUGACGGUCACAAAUAAAUACGUUCUGUCGGGCAUAUCUUUCAACUUGAACUUUUUUCUUCUCUGUGUCCAGUCUAUAGUAUGCGUUGCUGCAAUCCAAGCGUGCAAAUCUUUGAAGAUUAUCACCUAUCGAGAUUUCAAUGCAGAUGAGGCCAAAAAAUGGUUCCCCAUUUCUUUUCUUCUCAUUGGUAUGAUAUAUACUGGUACCAAAGCUCUCCAGUAUCUCUCCAUCCCUGUUUACACUAUCUUCAAGAACUUGACGAUCAUCCUCAUUGCGUACGGCGAGGUUCUGUGGUUCGGAGGCUCAGUUACCGGCAUGGUGCUCUUCUCCUUCGGCCUGAUGGUUCUCAGCUCUAUCAUUGCGGCGUGGGCGGAUAUCAGCCAUGCGCUCUCAACAGUGUCGGGCGUCGAUGCAACAGCCAAGAUCUCUACCCUCAAUGCCGGAUAUAUCUGGAUGCUUAUCAACUGCCUCUGCACGGCUAGCUACGUCCUAGGCAUGCGAAAGAGAAUUAAGUUGACCAACUUCAAGGACUUUGACACUAUGUUCUACAACAACCUUCUCUCCAUCCCAAUUAUUCUGGUCGCCUCACUCUUGUUGGAAGACUGGUCCUCUGCCAACGUCAACCUGAACUUCCCCCCCGCAACCCGCAACUCUGUCAUCUUGGCCAUGAUUUUCUCCGGCUUGUCCACUGUAUUCAUCUCGUAUACCUCCGCAUGGUGUGUACGGGUGACUUCUUCUACCACUUAUUCCAUGGUUGGGGCUCUGAAUAAACUCCCCAUUGCCCUGUCAGGCCUCGUCUUCUUCGACGCCCCUGUCACAUUCCCCAGCGUCUCCGCUAUCAUUGUUGGCUUUGUUAGUGGUAUCGUCUAUGCUAUGGCUAAGGUUAAGCAGAACAUGAAUAACCGAACUGGUGUUCUCCCCUCCUCCAAUCCUACGAUAAGUGCAAGCAGCCAAAGCAUGAGAGAUGUGCUUAAGUCCUAG